AUGUCCGAGGCCGAAAAUCUUUCAACGUUGCAAAAGCAACGAUCAUCUGCUAAGGGUAAUAUAACAAGAAUAAAAAAUAUGUAUCUUGAUGGUUCAGCUUCGUUAAACCCAAUUGAUGUCCAAUGUAGAUUAGAAAUAUUGAAUUCAUAUAUAAAACAAUUAAUGGCUUAUCAGACUGAAAUUGAAAAGUUAUGUCCAGAUGAUAAUGAACGCGGUGAAUUGGAAGAAAUCUGUAUUAGUUGUAAAGCGUUAUUGUUAUCAAACCUAGGUAAUCGGAGAUCAAGUUUACCUCAUGAUUGUACUGUGAGUUUACCAUUGCCAUCUGCAAAUCGUUUACCUUACUUGAAAAUACCAAAGUUUAGUGGAAAAUAUUCAGAAUAUAAAAAUUUUAUAUCUUGUUUUAAUAAUUUGGUUAACGAUGAUCCAACUUUGUCUACUAUUGAGAAGUUUAACCAUCUUAUAAAUAGCCUUCAAGAUGAUGCCCUACGUACAGUAAAAGCUUUUCAGGUCAACGAAGAGAAUUACUCUAGCGCAUUGCAAAGACUUCAAGAGAGGUAUGAUAACAAUUGUCUUAUAUUUCAAGAUCAUAUAGCAUCAUUAUUCAAUUUAAAGAAAAUGGAAAAGCCGUGUAGUUCUGAUUUAAGGAACAUAGUAGAUACGGUUUCAGCGAUUUUAGAUUCUCUUUCACACAUUGGGUCUGAUAAAGAUAUAACUAACGCUAUAAUAAUUCAUUUAGUUUUAACCAAAUUGGAUUCGGGCUCAAAGGAAAAGUGGGAUGAGCAAUUAGAUUAUAAAACACUACCUAAAUGGACUGAUUGCGCUUCCGUUUUAAUUAAAAGAUGUCAAUUUUUAGAUAUUAAUGGGGACAAGUCCUCGAGAACUGAGCAAAACUCAAGUAAACUUGUUAGACCGAAAUUAAAUAAUGCAAAUAACAAUUUUAGGGAUAGAAGAAAUUCUACAUUUUCGUUCACGUGUACAGAGCCCAAAGUGGAUGAAUGUACAUUUUGUUCUGGUAAAGGACACUUUAUUAGUUCUUGCUCAAUAUUUUCCAGUUUGACAGUGAAACAAAGAUUCGAGUUUACAAAGAAGAAAGGACUGUGUAUAAAUUGUUUGCGAUUUGGUCAUUCAGUGCGAAGAUGUCGUUUUUCACGUUGUAAUAUAUGUCAAAGACCCCAUCAUGUUUUAUUGCACAAUGAUGAAUUAAUUAAACAGUCUGAUUCUGCUGCUAUUGAUAAUAAUAGUCCAGCACAAUGUUCUCUUAAUUCAAAUAAUAAUGCUCAGCGUAAUGAAUUGCCUGCUACACAAAACAGUAGUUCAGCCCAACGUACUAACAGUAAUAUAAAUUCAAGUUCAACUGGUGCUACAAGUCGUAAUAUUGCACAAUUUACAUGUUCUCAAGUGAACCAAAGGAAUGAUCGAAAUACGACGACAAUGUGUGUUUACGAAAACGAUCGCCAAGUAAUUUUAGCCACUGCUAUCGUUCAAAUUAAGGACAAGUGUGGUAAUUAUAAAUUAGUUCGAGCACUUUUAGAUUCUGGGUCACAGAUUAACUUGAUAACAGAAGAAAUUGCCCAACAAUUGCACUGA